UCGCUGGGCAGCGCGGUGUCAUUUGGUGCAGGGGAAGGUCCUCAGAAUUGCCGUCCUUUCUGGAUAAAGUGGGGAUGAGACUGGACAAGAGGAAAGAAUAAAGAGAAAGCACAGCAAGAGGGAAGAAGAAACACCUCAUCACAGUGUGGGGACCGAAAGGACAUAACCCACCACGUCGUCGGUGUCAUUCGGGGCAAUUCCCGCCCCCACCUCGAGAUCUUACACACUUUGAUCCCCCCCCCCCCGUUUGAAUCUCAUUUUCCCACGCUCUGUGCUGCCCCGUUAUCCUGAACAGAUACUGCUUCACCUUUUAAUUUCCCUUUUUGUGUGUUAGAAAUUCGGGACUGGGAAGAUUUAGCCGAGUCAUCACAUUUGGCUCCACCCCGGAAUAGCAGCCCUCCGGAGUGGCCCAGGACCAACCUCCAGCCCCACCGCAGCAGUUCGUCACGUGACAGCCACCCCAGGAGCGCAGUUCCAUGGACCAAACACAGAGUAUCCCGGACCAGCCUUCUUCUGUACCUCCUUCCCAGCCCAAAAGGAAAAUGACAUCAAUGAUAGCUUUCUUUUCCAAGGUCUCUUGGAAAUUCAAGUUCCAGAAGCAGGAGUCUUCAAAGAAUGUGUUUUUCAUCUUGGCAGAAAGAGCUCGGGACCCCAAUGCCAAAAAGCGCCACCUGGCAAUGAGAGGCCUGGGCACCAUGGCUUGUGAAGCCCCUGACCAGGUGAGAAAACACAAGAAAAUUAUGCUAGAUCUGCUGGUGCAUGGAUUGUAUGACCCUGUGAGUUCUGAAGUCAUCCACGAGAGUAUGAAGACACUGACCAUCAUCCUGGGCAAGAUUCAGGGCAAACGUUUGGGCUCCUUCUUCGUAGACAUCACGCUUCAGAUCAGGACUUUAUUGGAUGAUGAGAACGACAGCAUGAGAUACUUGGCCUUUGUCUUGCUCGGGCAACUGGCGGCCUUUGCUGGGUGGAAAUGGAAGAAGUUUUUCGCCCGUCAGGUUAAGCAGACACGAGAUUCCCUCCUAAUCCAUUUACAGGACAGAAACCCACAGGUUGCCACGGCUUGCAAAACAACUUUUCGAGCCUGUUCUCCGUAUCUGAAACUGAGAAACGAAAACAGCUUCCGGACAGAAGAAGAUCAAAGGAAUCCCAAACUCUCCAGGCAGCUGGUGAGCGAGCCAGGGCAGGAGAAGAUUCUCCUCAGUCCCUGCCCUCCCAGUGUUUAAGACAAAGGUGGCCAAGCACAUGAGGGAGUUAUCCACCCAUAAAAUGUCUCAGACCAAUUAUUCAAUUGUGAUUGACCCAUGAUGCUGUGUAUGUAAGUGGUGAACUCCUGGGAGUUAGGCACACGGUGUCAGGGCAGUUCCAAUUCAGGUCAUUAGCUAAGUGCAGGCGAUGCUGCCUACUCUCCUGUUGCCUAUCCCAGUGCCCUGAAUCUGCAGCUGUCCACUAGUUAUAUCUAGGAGGUUUACUGAGUUCCUCCCUCACAUGUACCUUUGCUAAUUUC